AUGACGAGCUCGUCAGAAACUUUCAAACUAUUUUUAUUAAGACAUGGUCAAAGUAAUUUGAACCAUGAAAACAUAUUCUGUGGAUGGAUUGAUGCCAAAUUGACAGAAAAGGGUGAAAAUCAAGCACGUAAUACGGCUAAAUUGAUCCAGGAUUAUUGUCAAACUAAUAAUGUUACAUUACCACAAAUCGGUUAUAGUUCUAGAUUAAUUAGGACACAACAGACAAUGGAUGUCAUCUUGGAACAAUUCAAUUUAAAAGGUGAUAAACAUAUUAUUUGUGGUGGUGAAAAGACUAGUUCCAGAGAAUUGGCUCAAAUUCCAUUGAAAUUACUUCCUUCAAAUACAAUUACCAAUGAUAAAAGUGAUAUUAAUGAAGUUUCAAUUUUACAAACUUGGAGGUUAAAUGAACGUCAUUAUGGAUCUUGGCAAGGUCAAAGGAAGCCUCAAAUUUUACAACAAUAUGGGGAUGAACAAUACAUGUAUAUUCGUAGGGAUUUUAAUGGUAGACCUCCAAAGGUUGAUCUUAAUUUAGAGAUGGUUCAAGAAAUUGAUGACAAGGGUUCAUCUACUGGUUAUGAAUUUAAAGAACCAAAUAGACACUUGAAGUAUGGAUUAGAAGAAUCUAAUAAUGAACCAUUACCAUGUGGUGAAUCCCUUUGUGAUGUUGGUAAAAGAUUAGGCCCAUUCUUGGAUAAUGUUGUCUUGAAAAUUGCUAAAGAUCAUCAUUUAGACUCAUCUUUGAUUGUAGGUCAUGGUAGUACAGUUAGAUCUGCUUUGAAGAUGUUGGAAGGUAUAUCUGAUGAAGAAAUCAAAGGUAUUGAUAUACCAAAUGGGAUCCCAUUAGUCAUUGAAUUAGAUAGAGCUUCACUGAAAUUCGUUAGACGUUUCUACUUGGAUCCUGAAUCUGCCAAGAUUAAUGCUGAGAAAGUUCGUAAAGAAGGAUUCGAAAAUAAUCCAUAA